AUGAUGAUGCAAAAUCCACAUUAUUCGGAAACAUCAACUUAUAAAGAAGAUGAAGGUACAAUAAACAGAUUUGAUUAUAUAAGAAAUGAAUGGAAGGAAGAUGAGGUUAUUAAUCUAAAUGGAAAAAGUAUGAAAGGAGAAAUAAUAUCACUAGGAGAUACGAAAGAUGGAUAUUGGAUAGAAAUAGGAGAAGGGGAAGAUUAUUAUCUCAUUUGGUUUAAACGAGAAUUAUUUUCAUCAAAAGGAAGAUUGUUUAAUGUUCCAUUUAUGAAAAUAGCUAAACCAAACAUGAAAGUCAUUAUUAACAAUAUAUUAGUAGAAGAUUAUGAAAUUUCAAAAAAUGAACAAAUGAAAAAGUAUUUAAUUCUUCAUCUUCAAAGCAAUGAUUCAAAUAAUACAAAAUGGCUGUUUUAUAAUCAAGGAAGAUAUUUGCUUGAAUAUGAAACAAAUGGAGAAUUUAAUCAAGGAAAGAAAUACGUUUUGAAUCAACAAGAAUUAAAGUUUAUUCAAAGUAUUUAUUAUAAUAAACCAAGUAAGGAAAUUAAUUUUAUUACACAAGAUACUAACAAAUAUCUUCGUCAAGAAGGAAUGUUUUUUGAGAUUAUUGGUUAUGUUAUUGAUACUAUUCGUUUAGAAGAAAAUAACACACCAAUAACCAAAGUAGUAAUGGUUACUGGGUUUAAUCCAUCUGAAAUUAAAAAUACUAUUAAUUCCAUUAGUAAAACUAGUUGGGUUGGAAUGAAUUAUUUAAAGAAGAUUUGUCAAACAGUAUCUUUUAAAAUUAAAGGAAAUAAUAUAAAACCAAUGAAGGAUAGAUGGAUAGCAAUAAAAAAUGUACGAUUUAACAAAUAUUCAUCAUUUAUAACACUUGAUUUUGGACUGAUAAAAAGACUUGAAAUAACUGAUUCAAAAGUUAUUAAUAAAAUAAAAACAAUGAUAGAAGAUGGAUUUAAAAGUGAUGAUGAGACUGGAAAAUUUAUUGCAAUGCAAUUUAUUUGUCAAAAAGAAAUAAAAGAAAAAGUCUUAAAAUCAUUUGAGAAUAAUAAAAGAAUUCAAUGUAUUAUACAAAAUAAUGAAAUUCAAAAAGAAAGUAGUUUAGAUCAUAAAGCAAUUAAAGAAAAAUCAACUGAAAAAGAAAUAGAAUAUCUUCCAAGUUAUGUUUGUAAUGAAACAAUUCAAAAACAAUUUGAAGAAGAAGAAGAAUGUUAUAUUUUUAAUGGUAGUGAAGAUGAUUUAGUAUGUAAUGCAAUACCUGGAAGAUAUUGUGAUAUUGAUGAUGAAGUCUUUAAUCUACCAGAAGUCCAAGUUGAUUAUAAACACAUUUCUGAUCCUAAUAACUUACAAAUAUCUGAUAAUGUUAAUAAAGAGGUAGAUGGGAGCAUAACUACUUCAAAUAAUAAUGAUGAAAUAGAUGAAAAUACAGAGGUUCAAAAUCAAACAAAUGUAUUACCCAAUUUAGUUAUUACAAGAUCAAAAAAUAAUAAAACAGAUCAAAUAGAUCAUGAAAUAACCAGAAAACACAUAGUAUGUUCAAAGGAAGUUAAUUUACCAUUGUUAAAAAGAGUCAUAUAA